UUCGAUCUUUUUGCUGAUUUAACCUCUGUUUGUUCUACCCACUCGCCCAGGCUCUGGCCGUUGCGGCGAUGGCAAACAUGGACUUGAACGACGUAAAUCGUCUAAGUUCAGAUGGCGUCCUUCCAAGCUGGGUCUCAUUUCUUGAAUACGAAAAGGUGAAGUGGAUCAACUUUGAGCUCAAGGAACUUUGGCCUCAUGUAAACAAGGCGACAAUGCAGGUCAUCAAGGAGCAGGUUGAACCCCUUCUGGCGACUUAUUGCCCACCAGGGAUUAAGUCGAUGAAAUUCAAGAAGCUGACUUUAGGAAACCUAAAUCCUUCAAUUGAAGGCAUAAAGGUAGUUCCCGGCAAAGGCGGGCAGGCGACAAUGGAGCUGAUGUUUCAGUGGCAGGGAGACCCGAGCAUCAUUCUUGCUAUCGAGCCGCUGGUCAGCAUAGCGCCAUUGCAGGUCCAGGUGAAGGACAUAGUGUUCAGUGCAAUGGUUCGCAUGAUCUUCCAGUUUGCGGACGAUAUUCCAUGCAUUGGCGCAGUUGCUGUCUCCUUGAGAGAAAAUCCUCCUCCAAUUCACAGGUUUAAGCUCAGAGCUAUUGGCGGGAACUUGAAUGCUAUCCCAGGGCUUGUGGGGAUGAUUGAGGGCAUCGUUGAGGACGUGCUAAAUGACAUUAUCAUGUGGCCACAACGUAUCGUCAUCAAAUUGAUCGAGGGUGACUACAGCGUCUUGUGCAAAGGUGGUCUGCAGGUUGACCGAAGACGAAGUGGGCUGAAGAGUGAGAUCGUAGCCAUACUAGCACUGAUGUCGAUGGAACAAGACACCGGGGCACUGCCACGACGCAGUGCCAGGCUUGCAGGGCGUGCCCGCUCUGUGAUACCUCUCCGACGGAGGACUCAGCGACUCAGCAGCAGGACGACUCCAGCGGCAUCGAGUACAGUAUUGACGGUACCGGGUACCACCAGAGUUCUUCCCGCAUGCCCAGUCCAAGGGGCCGGUGAGCUGUUGGCAGAUUACUUUCAGCGGGUACAGGCAUUCACUGAUGCCGUAGCAACCGCAAAGGCACAAGAGGGAGCAGAGGCGGAACGUCAACGGCUGGCCAAAGAGGCGGCAGCCCAAGCUCAGCAACCUACUGAGGAUGACGCAGCAGCACGGGACCAACGGAAUGCCGCCAGCACGGAAUCCCUGAUUCAUAAUGAGAAUCAGUGGACAACGAUCCUCGAGGGCAUGAUCUUUGUGCCUUCGGAAGCGCAGGCAGAUCCGACACCGGCGGAGGCAGAGAGGACUCACCUGGCUAACGUGAUGUUGACAAUGAUGCGAGCGAUCAUGUGGAACAAUACGAUUUUAGCAGUACAAAUACACGAAGGCAGACAGCUGCAACAGAUGCAGCAGAAGGAUUCUGCAGCCUUGUCAGCAGCUGUUCGCACUACCGCCACACAUCAGCAACAACAGCAACAAUUGUGGAACACCACCACUGCACGCGUCAGCAGCAUCGAGGCUAAGGCCUCAGCAGCGCCAGGCUGCACGACAGACGAGACGAAGCAACUCAACGGGCGCAUCGAUCACGUCGUCAAGCUCAUCGGCGACAUAGGUAUUUUCAAUGGGCCGGACACGAUCAGUAGCACGGUGGCCGCCAUCAAGACGGACAUCACCAAGCUACAGACGAGACCGGACGCCGCGACGAAGAGUUACAAGAUGCCACACUUCGACAUCAGCAACUUCGACGACCACAACAAGACGGACGCCUUGGCAUGGUGGCAAUGUUUCCUUACGGAAGCAUCCUGCCGCACUGUCCCAGACGACUACAUGAUGAAGGCGCUAUACUUACAGCUGACUGGAGGAGCGCAGGCAUGGAUGAACCACCUGGCGGCUACCCACACAUGCACCAUCGCCGAACUUCACACGCACAUCACGUGGAAGGAGUUCGAGCAGCUAUGGUUCACCCGGUUCAUGGUCCRCAAYRUCGUGAAGGCGGCCAUGAACGAGGUGUACACCUGCUCUCAAGGAAGUAUGCCAACUCGAGACUGGACAACCAAGCGGCAAAAGAUAGUGACCACGCCAGGCUUUGAUUUGACUUUUCCAAAUCAACAAUCCGAGUUCUUCUCGCGAUCGUGCGCAAGAUUGCGGUCGGCACUCGGUAAUGAGUACGACUAUACCUCGUUCCAGGCCAUCCUGGAUCGCGCAAACCUGGUCAUCCAGACGGACGACAAGGCCGCUAACGAGAAACAAUCCCAGCCGCAUUAUGUGGCUAAGCAGGGCUAUCAACGUCCGGCACAUAACAAUGCCGUAAUUUCUGAAGGAACAGACAAUCUCCACGCUGCAGCAGCAUCCUCGAGUGAUGGAGGAAUUGUAGCAGCGCUCCCUCCGAAGCGUCCUAAGAGGGUCCGGAAACCCAAGGCAGCACAAGAGACGGCAUCGACGGGAACUGGGCAGCAGCCAUGGACGGCCUACAACAUCACAAAGGAAGUCUAUGAACUUCGUCAGAAUAGGACGUUGGACGAGCACAUCGUACACCUCCGCGUUGUUCUGGAUCGUUUGCGACGAGCCAAGUACAAAGCGAAUCUCGACAAGUGCGAGUUCGCCAAUCAAGAGCUUGAGUACUUAGGUCAUUUUGUCACGCCGAAAGGCAUUCGUCCCUUAGCGGACAAGAUCCAAGCCAUCGUGGAUUGGCCGGAACCCCGUUGCACGACGGAUGUACGCUCUUUUAUGGGUUUGGCUGGAUAUUAUCAGCGAUUCGUCGAGUCAUACUCGAAAGUGGCCGCUCCUUUGUCGAGACACCAGUCCCCGAAGGUGCCCUUCGAGUUCGACGACGCAGCCCGUGGCACGUUUACUACAUUGAAGUCAGCGAUGCAAGCCGCACCUGCCCUCCGUAUAUACGACCCCACCUUACCCACCCAAGUGACUACGGACGCUUCGGGAUACGGCAUUGGUGCGGUGUUGGAACAGUGUCACGAGGACGGUUGGCAUCCGGUCGAGUAUUUCUCCCAAAAGGUGCCCCUCGUCAACACUCUAGACGACACUAGGAAGAAAGAGCUACUCGCGUUCGUCACCGUUCUCAAAAGGUGGCGCCACUAUCUUCUCGACCGUCCGCGUUUUAAAUGGUAUACGGACAAUAAUCCGUUGACCUUUUACAAAACGCAGGAUAUGGUCACUAGUACGAUCGGUCGAUGGAUGUAUUACAUCGACCAAUUCGACUUUGACCCGUGCCACAUUCCCGGUCCCGCCAAUCGAGCUGCGGACGCCCUCUCACGACGGCCCGACUUUUGUGCCAUUGUGACCACGGCAUUCAACCUCGAGGACGAUUUGCACCCGCAUUUCGUCAAAGGCUACGAGUCCGAUCCGACUUAUGCCACGUUUUAUGCAGAGCUUUCAUCGGAUCACCCCCCGGCUAGCCACUAUCGGAUAUCCGACGGGUUCCUUCUCCUUCACACGAGAGGAAAGGACUUGUUAGUUGUGCCCCAAGAUCGCAUCUUACCGACUCGUCUUCUCGGCAAAUUCCACGAUUCACGACUUUCGGCACACCUUGGCGUGAACCGCACACUAGCACGCCUCCGCCAGCGUUUUCACUGGCCCGACGUCCUUCAUGACGUCACGAGGUACAUUGAGUCAUGUGCAGUUUGCCACCGCAACAAGGGUCGAUCUCGAGUCCCCUUCGGUGAACUGAAACCAUUGCCGAUUCCGCGGGCACCUCGCCUCUCCAUUGCUAUGGACGUGACAGGCCCUGACCUUGAAUUGAAGCUAGCGGGCAAGCUGACGGUCCAUCUCAUGAGGGCUGAGAAUCUGAAGAACACAGAGGUUUGGGGCAAGUCCGACUCGUUUGUCAAGAUGUAUACGAGGUUGAAGUUCCCGCAGACUUCACGAGUCAUCAACGAUACACAGGACCCUGUCUGGGAUGAAACAUUCGAGUUGCAGUUGGAAGAUCCAGCAACUCAGAAGCUGGUCUUAAAGGUGAUGGACAUGAGUGUGGGAGGUAGGGUGGAAGCGCUCGGUGUGGCGGCCAUUGGGCUCGGCAACCUGGAGCACGAUAAACCCGUAGAGGUGACAGUAAACCUUUUGCCCUCGCUGAACAAAUAUACAGAGAAGAAAGACAGAGGCACCAUCACUGUUAAGCUUACGUGGCAUAAGUAUACGGAGGAGGAGCAGGAAGAAGCUAUGGCGGCAGAGGCGCGCGAAGUGGAAGAAGAGAGGCUGCGCGCCAGCAAAGCCGGUGUUCUUGGGUCCGUUGGAGGGGCGGUCGGUGGAGCCGUCACCGACGUCGCCGGGUUUGUCGGCGAUGGCGUUGGCGCCGCCGCCGGUGUUAUUAGCAGGGGCUUCUCGUCAGUGACGAGGGUCACAUCAAGUAAGUUGUCCAAGAGGCAGACAGCCAAGGGGAGUGCAAAAUUCUGAACCCUCGUUAGGUGGCCGUAAGCCGCAGGUUGCUUUUGACCCAUAUGAGGCUGCUUAACUAUGACAAAAGUUACGUCAAGAAAGGCGUCUAAAAGUCGCACACAGGGAAAGGGAGUGCAGACCGUGCGUGCUAACGGAUAAUGGGGGGUGGGAAAGAGGCCCAGAUAUGUCGUCACGAGGCAGGGACAGGGGCACGGUUUGUACUACAAGUCUGUGAAUGCCGACUUACAGUCGGCGUCUAUUAGUUUAGUUGUAUUGUUUGAUACGACACGUCGACAAUGUUUGCCACACUUACUUUAGCUGCUAACUUGUUAUGUUUUGACUAUUGUGUAUAUUCCAAUAUUGUACUUGCGCAUUUGGUUUGGAUGAAGAACCCACCCAAACGACGUAUUUUACCUGCACUAUCCGACACGACAGGGUGUACUAGUAUAUACAACACAUACUGUCGGUCGAGUAUCCGUACUAUUCGCGUAUACGACACAUUCGAUGCGUACGUAUGCUCGUGCAACGUACCAUCCUGGCAGUGUGCCAAUAGCAAGGUCCAGCAUUCUUCUUGCCGGCAUGAUUGUUAUUGAUGUUCCAAAUAAAGUGUAGAUAGUCAGGGUGAUUUUCAAAUUUUGUAAUAAAUUGUGAUUUUCAAA